AUGCCUCUCGUUCUCCCUACAAGACAACGACGAUGUUUUCAUGUCGACUCUCAAGGUGUGGACCUGGACCUGGACCAACCGGUUGAAUCGUCUACGGACGAAGCACUUGCAGCGAAGAAGCUUCCGCUUCAAUGCCAUGGCUGCGGCGCCUUCGCCCAGAUCAGCCACGCAAACGAGGCGGGCUUCUACGACCUAAAGCGCAAAGCCGUCCGGAAGUUUCUGGGCCUCGAAGAACAAUUAGAAAGCCCUGAAAAGGAUCUCGAGGAGAAAGAUGAGGAAGACUUCGUUGUGGAUCAGGCUUUGCAGUCGCUGGAACCGGAGAAGCUGGAGGAACUGGGCAUUGACCCUAGAACGUUCCAUUACGGCGAGGAGACAGAGUCGCAUAUGACUUCCAAACCGAAUACCACGCCGCUAUGCGAUCGCUGCCAUAAGCUCGUUCAUCAUCGCGAAGGGACUCCGAUCUUCCACCCGAAUGUAGACGCACUGCGAGAGACGAUCGGGGAGUCGCCAUACAAGUACAACCAUAUCUAUCAUGUCAUUGACGCCGCCGACUUCCCCAUGUCACUCCUGCCCCGCUUACACCAGCUCCUGGGCGAUGUCAGCCUUCGCCGCAAGAACCGACGGUCCAGGGCUGGCCGAUACUACCAGGACCGCCAGUUCGAAAUGAGCUUCAUCAUCACUCGGGCGGACCUCCUGACACCGACGGAAAAGCAGGCCAAUUCCCUGAUGCCGUAUCUGAGGGACACCCUCCGCGACGCUCUGGGUUCCUUCGGGAAGCACAUUCGACUGGGCAAUUUGAGGGUGGUCAGCGCGAAGCGAGGCUGGUGGACGAAAGAGCUGAAGCAGGAGAUCUACAAGAGGGGUGGCGCUGGCUGGAUGGUUGGCAAGGUCAACGUGGGGAAAAGUCAGCUAUUCGAGGCUGUGUUCCCCAAAGGCACCACGGCCGACAUUCCGGCGUCUCGCGACCCCAUCGAGGUGUCCAUGUUCGCGCGGGAAGAAGACAGCGAGAAUGCGAGGUACAUCGAGGAUGAGGUUGUCGACGGUGAGGAGGAGAAGAUUGACCCGGACUCCCUACUCCCGCCAACGCGACCUGAGGUCAACUAUCCCGAGAUGCCCACCGUGUCUUCUCUCCCCGGCACCACGGCAUCACCUAUCCGUAUCCCCUUCGGCAACGGCAAGGGUGAGCUCAUCGAUUUGCCUGGACUCGCCCGAAGUGACCUCGAGCUGUUCGUACAGGAAGAACACAGGCAGUCCAUGAUCAUGCAAAAGCGGAUCAAGCCGACCCAGUACUCCAUCAAACCCGGACAAUCGCUGCUUCUCGGCGGGUUGAUUCGUAUCACGCCCAAGACGCCCAACCUGAUCUUCCUGGGCUACAAUUUCACUCCACUCGAGGAGCACCUUACGGCCACCGACAAGGCGAUCGGCUUCCACGACCAGACGAGGACGGCACCGGGAGUCGUCAACAUUGCCACCCCCGAGGCCGCCUCCCAGAUGGCUCACGCUGGGACCUUUCAGCUCCGCCAUGACGUGACGAAGCUCCGCGCCGGUCCCCUCACCCGCAAAGACGCCAUCAAUCUGGACAUUGAAAGGCUUCCCUUCCGCGUUCUGUCCACGGAUAUUCUCGUCGAGGGCGUCGGCUGGGUCGAGCUGACGGCCCAGGUCCGCACCAAGCAACUAUACGCCCGGCCCAUCGCAGAGGAAGCGCCCCAGCCGGACCCGGAGGAGCUGGCAAAGGAUCCAUUUGCCGUUCUAGAACAGCUGGCCCGCGACGGGAAGAAGGGUGAGUCUGCGCCGCGCAAGGGACCGACCAGGGGACCGACCGAGCCGAACUGGCCCCUCGUGGAUGUGUACAGCCCGUUGGGCAAGUUCGUAGGCUCCCGGGCACCGAUGAACGGUUGGCUUUUGAACAAGCCACGCGUGUUGGAUAAGCACAAGAAGGCACGCCCGCGGAAGAGCAUGAAGGGGGCGAAGAAGCGGGAGAAGCUAGCCACAAGGGCGCCUGCGGGCGGUGCAGCUUCGACGGCAGAAACGUAG